AUGUUUAUGUGCGAGGAGUUUGCUGAACUUAUGACAUGGCAUGCUUUGGGACGGAAAAAUGAUGGCAAACUUAGACAUCCAGCUGAUAGCGAUACUUGGAGGGCAAUGGAUGCUAGGUAUCCUCAUUUCUCGUCAGAAACUAGGAAUAUAAGGUUGGGUGUUGCUGCUGAUGGAUUCAAUCCUUUCCGAACAAUGAAUACUUCACACACCACCUGGCCUAUUAUUUUGGUUAACUAUAACUUGCCUCCUUGGUUAUGUAUGCGUCAAGAAAACCUUAUUCUUUCAACCCUCAUUUCUGGCCCGGAAUCUCCAUCCAAUAACAUUGAUGUUUUUAUGCAACCUCUUAUUAGUGAGUUAAAAGAGUUAUGGGAGGAAGGGAUAGAAACCUAUGAUUCGUUUACUAGUCAGAAUUUUAGGUUACGUGCUGCUGUGAUUUGGACCAUAAGCGAUUUUCCUGGAUAUGCAAUGUUAUCCGGUUGGAGCACCAAGGGCAAAUUGGCUUGUCCAGUUUGUAACUACGAGACCUCCUCAAUGUACCUAAAGCAUAGUAGAAAAAUAUGCUACAUGAAUCAUAGGAAAUUUCUGGAUCCCGAACAUAAGUGGCGGUUUGAUAAAAAAAGAUUCAAUGGUGAAGUCGAAAUGGGAGGGUGCCCUGAAAUUUUAACAGGAUCAGACAUUGAGGAAUUGCUAUCAGGCUACAUAAAUCACUUUGGGGGGGAUCCGCACUUACGAAAAAAGCGUAAGAUUGACUCGCCUUUCAAAAAGAAGUCAAUAUUUUUUGAUUUACCUUAUUGGAGUCACAAUUUACUUCGGCAUAACCUUGAUGUUAUGCACAUCGAAAAGAAUAUUUGUGACAACAUAAUUGGUACGUUACUGAAUAUUGCUCACAAGUCAAAAGACCACGUCAAUGCUCGAUAUGAUUUACAAGAUCUCGGCAUUAGAAAGGAGCUUCAUCCCAUUGAAUCUGGCGAUGGGACGCGUGUUGAAAUUGCUGCUGCCAUUUUUGAUUUGACAAAGGAGGAGAAAGAUAUAUUUUGUGCAGUUCUGAAAAAUGCAAAACUGCCACAUGGUUGUGCAUCGAACAUUAGCCGUUAUGUGCACACGAAGGAGAGAAAAGUAUCGGGCUAUAAGAGCCAUGAUGCUCAUUUUAUGUUGCACUAUUUGUUACAGUUCGCCGUGAAAAAAUCAUUGAAACCUGAGGUCGCAGUCCCUUUAAUUAGAUUAGGGGCAUUUCUAAGAGGUAUUUCGGCCAAAGUCAUUGACUUGAGUGAAAUUUCUAGGCUGCAGAAGGAAAUAAUUGAAAUUCUUUGUCAAUUUGAGACAAUUUUCCCUCCAGCCUUUUUUGAUGUUAUGGUGCACUUGCUAGUUCACUUAUGCAGAGAAGUACAACUGGGUGGACCAGUGAAUCAACGCUGCAUGUUUGGAAUUGAGAGAUAUCUCAAUAAAUUAAAGUCAUAUAAUCGCAAUAGAAGCAAGCCUGAGGGCUCCAUUGCUGAGGGUUAUCUGGCUGACGAGUGCUUAAUAUUCUGCUCACGAUUCUUGAAUGGUAAUGAGGGAGCAACACAACUCAGAAGCUGUCCACAAAAACAAGAAUUUCCUAUUGGCACGAGAAGAAACAAAGAUGGAACAGCUGUUCACUUAGAAGAAUCUGAGUUAAAAGCAUGUCAUCAGUACAUUUUAUUCAAUUCUGCCAGCAAAGAAAUUGAAAGUUUGAUUGAGUAA